GGCUGCCACUAAAGCCAGGAAGAAGGAAGCGCCCAGGUUCCGAGCUCCGCCACCUCUUGCUCUUCUCGCGCGGGCGCACACACGCACCGAGACACACAGGACAAAAAAAAAACCCCCAAACCCCAAGCCCCUCGAGCCCCCCCCGCCCCGCCCCCUUCUCGGGCAUGCUCAGUGAGUAGGGCAGGGUGAGAGGGUUUGGGUGGUUUUUUUUUUUUUUCUUUUGGUGGCAAGUAAGAAGCGGAGCGCCCCAGCCGCCGGCACAAGUCCGGCUCCGCGCCCCGCUCCUCUCCACCGGCCCGGCCGCCCGGGCCCCUGCCCCCUGUCCGCCUGCCCGCACCCACCCCAGCGGCGGCGGCGCUUUCUCCUCUGGGAUCCCUCCGGGCUGCGGGACAGGAGCAGCCCACGGCAGGCAGCACCGCGCCCGCGCCCGCGCCGAGCCCUCCCCGGAGCCAUGGAUAAUCUCAGUGAUGCCUUGAAGAAACUGAAGAUCACAGCCAUUGACAUCUCUGAGGAUAGUUUGGAAGGAUGCUUGGACUGUCUGCUUCAAGCCCUGGCUCAAAACAAUAUGGAGACAAGUGAAAAACUCCAAGGAAGUGGGAUCCUUCAGUUGUUUGCCAGUCUGUUGACGCCACACUCACCCUGCACAGCCAAAGUAGCGAACAUCAUAGCAGAAAUAGCCAAAAAUGAGUUUAUGCGGCUCCCGUGUGUGGAGGCUGGCUUGAUUCCCCCGUUGGUACAGCUGCUGAACUGCAAAGACCAGGAAGUACUACUUCAGACAGGCAGAGCCCUUGGGAACAUAUGCUACGAUAGCCAUGAGGGCAGGAGUGCAGUUGAGCAUGCAGGUGGUGCCCAAAUUGUAGUUGACCAUCUCAGGUCACUGGGCAGUAGCACAGAUCCCGCCAGUGAGAAGCUCUUGACUGUCUUUUGUGGCAUGCUGAUGAACUAUAGCAAUGAGAAUGAUUCCCUGCAAGCUCAGCUUAUCAAUAUGGGUGUUAUUCCUACAUUAGUGAAAUUAUUAGGCAUCCACUGCCAAAAUUCAGCCCUUACAGAGAUGUGCCUUGUUGCAUUUGGCAAUUUAGCAGAACUUGAGUCGAGUAAAGAACAGUUUGCAUAUACAAACAUCGCGGAAGAGUUGGUAAAACUCUUCAAGAAGCAGAUAGAACAUGAUAAAAAGGAGAUGAUUUUUGAAGUUUUGGCUCCUUUGGCAGAAAACGAUGCUAUUAAGUUGCAGCUGGUGGAAGCAGGCCUAGUAGAAUGCCUCCUAGAGAUUGUGCAACAGACUGUGGACAGUGAGAGAGAAGAGGAUAUCGCUGAGCUCAAGACAGCCUCUGAUCUGAUGGUUCUCCUCCUUCUUGGAGAUGAGUCCAUGCAGAAAUUGUUUGAAGGAGGAAAAGGCAGCGUGUUCCAAAGGGUCCUUUCUUGGGUUCCUUCCAAUAGCCAUCAGUUACAGCUUGCCGGAGCUUUGGCUAUUGCAAAUUUUGCCAGGAAUGAUGGAAACUGUAUCCACAUGGUAGACAAUGGAAUUGUUCAAAAACUCAUGGACCUGUUAGACAGGCACGUGGAAGACGGGAACGUCACCGUUCAGCAUGCAGCCCUGAGCGCCCUCCGAAACCUGGCAAUACCAGUUGUAAAUAAAGCUAAGAUGUUAUCCGCUGGUGUUGCAGAAGCAGUACUGAAAUUCCUCAAAUCUGAAAUGCCUCCUGUGCAGUUCAAACUCCUGGGAACAUUAAGAAUGUUAAUAGAUGCACAAGUAGAAGCUGCUGAACAGUUGGGGAAGAACGUAAAAUUAGUCCAGCGUUUGGUGGAAUGGUGUGAAGCCAAAGAUCAUGCCGGCGUCAUGGGGGAGUCAAACCGACUCCUCUCUGCCCUCAUCCGACACAGCAAAUCAAAAGAUGUAAUUAAAACCAUUGUUCAGAAUGGUGGCAUAAAGCAUCUAGUAACCAUGGCAACUAGUGAACAUGUAAUAAUGCAGAAUGAAGCCCUUGUUGCAUUGGCGCUAAUAGCAGCCUUAGAAUUAGUCACUGCUGAGAAGGAUCUAGAAAAUGCAAAGCUUGUGCAGAUUCUACACAGACUGUUAGCAGAUGAGAGAAGUGCUCCUGAAAUAAAAUAUAACUCCAUGGUCUUGAUCUGUGCUCUCAUGGGAUCUGAAACUCUUCACAAGGAAGUGCAGAGUCUGGCAUUUCUAGAAGUUGUAUCAAAGCUCCGCAGCCAUGAGAAUAAGACGGUGGCCCAGCAGGCCUCCCUCACCGAGCAGAGGCUUGCUGUGCACAGCUGAGAAUGGCCUCUGCCCACUGCCCAGCGUCCCGUCCUUCACCUCCGUCCUCUGUCCAGCCACAGCUCCUGCCACGUCCUCCACUGUAUCACCUGUGCAUGCGUGUGAUGUUCCCACACCAAUGGAAGAACUGCUAUAGGUACCUUCCCAAUAAGGUUUCUCGGCCCAUAGUUGGUGUGAAUGUGAACCUGUCCAGACCGGUCUCUGCCCAUAACCAUUCUACUCGUACUCUUGUGGCUUGAGUCCCAUCAGUAGAAUGUGCAUGUUGUAAUCCUCUAAUGAUGUAAAUGUGGUACUACAUGACAGCCCCCUUGCCCCCCCAUAAACUGCAUAAUAAUUUACUGAUAAAUUAGAAACAAUCCAGUAUACAGCAAGAUCUGUCUAGUGUAUGAAAGAUAGGAUGAAAUAGUAAAAAUAAGAAUAAUAAUAAAUAGCUCCAUUUUUGGUGCUUUGGAAGCACAAUGACAAAAGAAAUGUGUUGCUGCUCAUUCACUGGUCUUGCCUAUUAAUGUCAAAGUCAUGGUACCUAGAGCUAACAAAUAAAAUCCCAGUGCUCUACA